CUCUUUCCCACUUACAACUUCGACUUUGUCCCAUAAUUACCGUUUAUUCCUUCACAGCAACCUGUCGCGUUAUUUUGUUUGGGGGAACCUCUUUCAGCAGCAAGUGUCUGGGCGAAGUUCCGCAAGCUGAAGCUCGCAGCAACUGCUACUCAGAUUCACGAACAAGCACACGAUCUCUCCAACCACCGCCUUCUCUCCACCGUCAAGAUGGAUAACCUUCUUCCCAACCUCCUCUCAUUCCCUCCCCAUCCGCCGCCUCCAAAUCCCAUUUCAGAUUACGCCUAUGAUCAAGGCAUUCGAGAGCAGAUCGAUUAUGUGCGAAAGCUAGCCGACAGCAAGCUCCUUCAGCAAACCUCGGGUGGUGAGAAUGUUUUAGACGUCAUCAAUCCCGCCUUGAACACUGUCCCAUACACUUUUAUCCUACUUGCCAAUAUCUCAGCGCUGAAGAAGGGCACAAAAGGUGUGGACAUGGAGAAGAUAUGGGGGAAGAUGACUACAUUUCUUGGCACAUUCGAUCCCCGACAGAUCAGAUAUCUUGGUGACCAGCUGUCGGACAUUUUAGAGGCAGUUGCGAGCAUUGCGGUCACAAACAGACAGCCUUGGGUUGCCCUUGCGCCCAUUAGAGAGGCUCUUCUGAGACUGGACCCGACAGGAACCAUACUCACUACUUCUCAUUUGGCCUUGGUGAGGUUGGCCUUGGAUUCACACAGCUACAAUCCUGUUGUACCAGUGAUUGAGAAGCUCAUUCUCUAUUUCCCCGGAACCACCAACCAACCGAGGCCAAAAUACAUUUGCGACAUGAGCCUCAAUCCAAUGCAAUACAUUACACCAGCUUCUGGCCUUACACAGAAGCUCAAGUAUCAAGAUGUUUUGGAGUAUUUCUUGUACAGUGGAAUGGUCUUUAUUGGCCUGAGAAACUGGGAAGGCGCCUUGCAAUGCUUGGAGAAUGCUGUCACCUAUCCUGCGAAGGAGGGAUCCGUAAGCAAGAUUAUGGCGGAAGCCUACAAGAAAUGGGUUCUCGUUGGUCUCUUGCAGGAGGGCAAACUGCUCAACUUACCCAGAUCGACGAGCUCCAACGCGGCAAAGCAGUAUCACACCCUCGCCAAGCCGUACGAGACCUUCGCGCAAAUCUUUGAGAGCGGCACAGCUUCGAGACUCAAGGCUGAAGCAGAUCAAGGCUUAACUGUCUGGCAAAAUGAUUGCAAUACUGGCUUGGUCCUCCACGUUCUGGCAGCAUACCAAAAAUUCCAGAUUAGGAACUUGGCCAAUAUUUACAGCAAAAUCUCCAUCCCAGAAAUUGUCGGCCAGACCAUGAGCGCCGAGACGGGAAACAAGUUGCCAUCACCUCAAGCCGGAGAGAAACUUGUCCAGGAAAUGAUCAACCAGGGCGAAUUACAUGCCACUAUGAGCACCUCACCAGGCCAACCUUCCGUAGUCACAUUUGCUGUUAGUGGACCGGUUUUGACAGAAGUUGAGAUGCAGACAGAGUUGGGAGCAGCAACUGAGCGUAUUCAUGCCUUAACUAAGGAGAUCAAGCAGACGGAUCGGAUGCUGACCCACGACAAGGACUACAUCAAGUUCAUACAGAAGCAAAGGAAGAACGCCAGACAAGGUAGCACGGGAGAUCAGGGUAUUUCGGGACCAGAUAUGGACUGGGGCGGUGAUGUCGAGGAUGAGGAUAUCAUGGGCGGCCUCUACUGAAUUCCUCACCGAAAUGGAAACAUGCGAAACGAAAAGUCAUGAUAAAUGAAGGUGUGCGCCGGACUGGCGGCGUGUCAACCAGGAAGAAAGGAAUGUAUUCUGAAAUGAAGGAGGCUUGCUCUGUCUCAGCAUGGGACUAGCUUUUCUCAUGAAUGAGAGCAGGCGUACUGCAUGGGCCGGUGGACUGGCUGCAUUCGAGAGGCUGGCGUCGAUAAGGUUUGAUUCUAUGGUAGAAGCAAAUCAUAAAAGACGAGACCGAUUUUCAGCGAUAACAUUGCCAGAAUAGAACGCAAUAAAUGAGCUUCCCCAG